AUGAUUCAGGGCAUGUUCUUUGCCCGCUUUCUUCCACAAAAAGGAACAAAGGUUGUCCACCAAAGUCCUCCAGGGUGUAUCGUUCACGAACCUGGUGUGGAUAAGCCUCGUUUCUUUGACUUCGAGACAAUGGCCGAAUAUAUCAUCCCUAGGCAAGCAUUUUGCAAUCGCUAUGUCACGAUAUGCGACCCAGAUAACAAAUACCGAAUCCUCGGCCAUCCAGUCUGUAUUAAGGAUGAGAAAUACGAGCGCAAUGAAUUCAUGUUCAAUUUUGGUAUCGUCAUUGAUGUCGAAGCAGACAAGAUGCCAUAUGAAGCCGUCGUUCGGCGAUUGGCUAGCACAUUUACAGAAAUGGAAAUCCAGAAUCAGUUUUUAAGCCAGGAACAUGUAUCGACAAAAGACAGCCGGUCUAUCUCCGCAUUACUAGAAAUUAUCAAGGAGGAUCUCAAUAAUUAUAAUGAGUGCAUGAUUCCAGUCGAUGAUGCCAAUACCAUCAACAUGAAGCUCUUCCCAAUCUACAAACACCCACCUCCCGUCAAAUCAUGGCACGUGCCAAUCUCCAAAAUGAAGUUCUCCGAGAUCAUGGACGACACCUGGGACCUGACCAUGAAGAAAGUAAUCCUCCACAUCGACGGCAUUAAAGACGUUCGACGCAUCGCACACGAUGCAGACGUGGCUCUCGACCUUACCAAAAUUGCUCUCCAACACCUCUUAUACUACGACUCCAUCCUAAUGCUCGACAUGUUUAUGUUCGGCAACAUUUACGCGCCAACACCAUCAAUCAACGAUUUCCUAUCCGACAAGGAUGGUAUGCAGGAUGAAUGUGCUAAUUACGUGUAUAUUAACGGACCGCGCCUCUCAAAUCAAUAUCUCUGCAGCCUCUUCGCUACUCUUUGCUCAUCCCGGACGCUCAAGGAAUGGCUAAAGCUGCAUCUAGACCAGGGCUUUCCCGUUCUGAAUUACGUGGAUGUUCGGCGGUUUAUCCAGUUCGGUGUGAUUAAAGGCUUGCUAUAUCGGGUUCAUAAGUACACCGUAUCCUCACAAUACAUUAAAUCGAUUGUCUCUGGACGGAGCGUGGAUAUCCAAGGUGGAGGGGCUUUGCAGAAAUACGCCGAUGGAUGUCAUUGUUUUGACCAGAUUAUGGUGGAGCAGAAUAUGAGCGAUCAGAAAAUCAUGGAGCAUUUGAGGAAAUUCCCAAAAGGGGAUGUGGAAAUAAUAUAUCGUUGA